AUUGCUUUUGUAUAUCGUUACUUGUUAGUUAUUUCUAUUACUUUUCUGUGGGUUACUGUUACUUCUUUACUAAGGUUAACAAUAACUAUAGUUCAAGACAAUAAUAGUUCUCGUUGAAUUAUCCUGAAUAUACAGGUGGUUCCAUUUUUUAAAUUUGUUUAUAAAUUUAUUUUGUGUAAUCCAAGUGAAAUUUAUAAUGUUCUCUAUUUUUAAAUUUUUAAAUUUUAAAUCGGAUGCUGAUAAGACUAAGGUGUCCAACAGUUUAAGUGGUAAAACAUUAAAUCUUAAAAGCCCUGAAGGCAAGGCUCUCAAUAUGUUUAGUAAUAAGUCACCAAUAGCACCUAAACAAAAUGUAAAUGAUACUUCAUUAAGGUAUGUUCACAUAAAUAUUGCAACUACAUACCAAUUAGAUAUUUUAUUCUCAUAUUUAUAUACCCUAGGUACCUAUAUAAAAUUAAAUUAUCUAUAAUUUAGUUUAAAAUGUUAAAUGUGUUUAGUAUUAAUAUGUUUAAGUAAAUCCAAAAUUCCUGUUGAAUGUUUUAUUUUAAGAAAGUAGGUAGUUUCUUCUUAUUGCCGUUUACCUACCUUUAAUUGACCAUUUUUAUAAUUUUUGUUUCCAUAAUAAGUACCUAAUAUUUAAUUGUAGCAACAAUAAAGAAACUGUAUCAAGUCCUGGAUUUAGUUAUCGUAUAACUCAAAGAGCUCACGAAAUGAGAUCAACCAUUCCAAAUACAGAUUUAUCAAAUAUGCAAACAUCUUUUUCUUCAGAGUAAGUAUUAUGAAGUUUUUUAAAAUUUACUAAUGGUUAAAAAACCAUUACAUUUUCAUAUUGUUGAGUUAAGUGGCAUAAAUCUAGUUUAGUGUCUAUGCAAAUUUUUAAAUUUUUUUUUUAAAAUGUAUGGUUUUACGUGUAUAUUAAGAAUGUAAAAAAAGUGGACAAACUUUGUUUUGAAGUUACAAUGGAAAACUUCUUAACGUUCACUUCUUCCGUUUUGUGUAUUUCUUAGCUAGAAUUUAACAUUUUCAUUUUUUUUUUUUUUUUUUUUGUUCAAAAUAUUGUUUUUAAAUGCUUAAUCUAUUAAUAUAAUUAAAACUUACCUAUCGUACUUACUAUUAUAGUUAUUGUACAUACAUCUUGAAAAAUAGCAUUUUUGGAAUUAAUCCAAAAUGUAGUCAAAAAUAGACAUUUUUAUUACUAUUAUUAUUUAUAGUUAUUGAUAUUUUAAUUAAAAAGUUUUAUUAUUGAAGUCAGAAUAAGGCUUAUUAACAUAGUUUUAGAGUUAUAAACAUUCAAACGCCCAGUAUUUCGCUGCAUUCACUCUGAUAAUUUGGGUCUCUAAUUUCAUACAUAAUGCUUUUCACUUUUACUUAUUACCUACCCGAAAUGGUUUUGCACAAUAAAUCGAGGCUUAUUUCUGAUUAAAGUUGUCCGAGUGAGCACAGCAAUUGAACGUUUGUAACUCUAAAACUUUACUAGAUGCUUUAUUCUGACUUUAAUAAAAAGACUUAUCGAAAUAUUUUUAAAAAAAUUUCUAUUUUCAACCACAUUUUGGAUUAAUUCCAAAAGUUAUAUUUUUCAAUAUUUAUGUAUAAUAGCUAUACAAAUAAGUAUGAUAGGUAAGUUUUGAUUAUGUCAAUAGAUUAAGCAUUUAAAAACACAUAUUUUGAAAAUGUUAAAUUUUAACUAAGAAAUACACAAAACGGAAAACCCGAAUUUUAUGUUUUCCCUCGUAACAUCAAAAGUGAGUUCAUCCACCUUUUUUUUUUCAUUCCUAAUAUACACAUAAAACCACACAUUUUGAAAAAAACAAAUUAAAAAUGUGUGUGGGCGCUAAAUUAGAUUUGUUCUAGUUUAGUUGCCAUAAAAUCCUAAUAUAUCUAUUUUUAUUUACUUUUUAAAUAUUCGUGCUUUAAUGCAAUCAGCUCAAAAUGAUUGUUUUAAUUAGUAUGCUAUAAUAAUCUUUGGGUAAUAACUAUUUAACUAUUAUUUGUUUAUAUAUUAAGUAAACCUUUAGUAGAGUACCAUUAGAACUAAAAUUUAAGUAAUUUUUACAUUUUAACCCAUUAAUGAGUGUUUGUUUUUUUUAUGGUUUUUAGUUUUUUGGUGUCUUGGUAUUUAUUAUGAUUUUAUUGAAAAAAUUAUUUUGAAAAAUUUGUUAUUUAGGUUCGAAGUGUAGUAUGGGAUCUAUUGGUUUUACUAUAUUGUGUAUGUAUUUUAAAUUUAAAAUGUUUAUGUAAUUUUUCUUUGGUAUUUACUCUAUUUUAAAUUGUUGGGCUUAUCAGAAAUGCUUGAAAAUUUGAUAAGAGAUUUAUCAUAAGUCAUACUUAGUGGUAAAAAAAGUUAAUAUCAAAUUUUGAUGAAAAUCUUAAAUAUUACAACCUUUUAAAACUUCUAUAACUGAACUUCAUUUCAAAUCAUUUUUCAUUAUCAAUGGUUUAUCAUUGGUUACAGGUAUUAGUUAAAUAAUUAUGAAUCUUACCUUUCCCACUAUCCACUUACAACAGUGGCCGCAGCUGUCCCCAGUAUCAGCUCCUUUUUUUUUAUAAUACUUAAAAAUAGUUGUUAAGGCAUUGAAAGUCAUAAUUCAACAUUUAUUACACAUCAGACAAAGAAAACUCUGUCCCCUUUACUAAAUUACUCUCUAUCUUCCAUGCUCACUCCUUGUAAAUAUGGCAGCAGCAACAAUAAUAACCAAUUACUAGACUUGUAGCUUUGAGUAAGAAGUCUGACUUGCUCGACAGCUCAGUCUACAAGUGUGAAAACAUUUAAAUUUUAUCUUGAAUAUAGUACAUGUGUACAAUUUUUUUCAUUACACCUUUUUUUUAUUUUCUGUUUAUUUUUCAUAAAUUAUUCAAUAGUUUUGAUAACACAGACAUAAUUUGAUGUGUGAAAUAAUAGAAAUUAAUGCUGGUUAUUUAAUAUUGAAGUUAGCUUAUUUGAUCCAAUGUGCAAAAUAAAUUUAACAUUUUUUUUUAUGCGGCUAUCCAUUUAUUAAAACAUUCAGGUUAAACAUAGUAUAUCUAAGUAGGAUUACAACUUAUUGUUAUUAUCAAAUUAAGUUAAAUUCCACUUUAUAUGGAAUUUCCAAAAAUAUUGUUCUAUUUUGUCAUAUGACAAAAUAUGGGACUAAUAAGUUAACAUAAUUAGAAAAUAUUAUGUUAUUAUAAAUAUUUUGACCUUUGGUGGUGGAGGAGCUAAUAUCUAAAGUGAUAGCCUGAUUGUAGGACUAAAUCUGUACUCCAAUAUAAUGUAAUUUAUCUCAGUGGUUAAUAGUUAAUUUGAUUUUCUUUGAAUUAGCUUGAAUGGCACCAAUUCAGUUAACAACACGCAUACAAUACCAAAAGAUAUAUAUGAUAAGAAGCGGAAAUUGAUGGAAUCUUUAGAUAAUUUUGGUGUGAGAAAAAGAACUCGUCAAGAGGUAAUAUACAGUUAUUAUAAUAUAUAAUUUACUGCAUUAAAAAUUAAGAUUAUUGUUAACUAAUGUAUACAUUCAAUUACAAUAUAUAUGUACAACAGAAUAAGGGUUGUCAACAUUUUCCAAAUGCAUUUUUCUUUAAUUCUAUAGUUUUGUUUGAUUGAAAAAAUAGCUUUUUUUCUCAUUGUUUUAGGACUUAUGGUUUUUUUUAAAAUUGCCCUUGUUUAUAAAGAUCAGUUUUGGCACAAAUUCAAAUGUGUCUUACCAAACAUCAAGUAAACUAAGGUUACCAUACUAAUAAUAAUGUGUUAAUAAUGUGAUAAGGCAUGAUUUCAGUCACAGUGGUAACCCACUAACACAAAAACUGGGUAAGACACAUUUGAUUCCCGUCAAUACUGAUCUUUUUAUUUAUUUAUUUUAUAAUGCCAAAGCAGACAAUGUUUCAAGUGAUUAGGUAGUGUACAAUAUGAUUAUAAUAAUGUGGUGAAUUAAUAAAAUAAAAAUUAUGAUGAAAAAGAAAAAAUAAAUUCAGAAUCAUCUUAUUACUAGAAAAUGUGGUGAGGAGUAAUCUCAUUUAAUCACCUGAGCAUUCGGUGUAGGGAAUGAUUUUGAUCAUAUGAAGUAUGAAGAUAUAGUAGCUGAUAAAGGAAGUGGUUUCUAGUGUUGUGGGCAGGAACUCUGAAGCGUAUUUUGUAUGGGAGAUUAGGUGAGUCAAUGGAACCAUUAAGAAGAGAUUUGAUGAAAGAAUUGUCAAUGCUAAUAUGACGGGGGCUAAGGAUGGAAGUUGAAGGUGGAACAAAUAAGAAAGUAGUCAUGUUGGAGAUGAUAAAUUUUUUAUAGGAAAGCAGCUUAUGAUAAAAACCUGUUUUGGAAUCUUUCUAUACGAAGUUCAUCAUAGUUUAGGUAGAGGUGCCAAACAACUACCCCUUACUUCAAAAUAGAUUGGAUUAAGGACAAAUAAAGAACACGGAGACAAAAGAUUGAAGUUAAGUUGAAUGUAUUACAUUUGAUAGUACUUUAGUAUGUAGAAAAAAUUGGGAAGUGAGUUAACAAAGAGGAUGAAAAGUAGAGUGCUGAUAUGGCCACCUUGAGGAAUUCCAGAAGGUAUAAUACAGUGAGAGAUCAGAAAGCACUUCAUAGACAAAUUGUCUUCUAGAGUUCAGGUAAGAUGAAAGCCAAUAGAGAAGUGGAUUGCCAAAGCUAAGAUUAUCUAAAAUUCUAUUUAGAGUACCAUGAUCAACCGCGUCGAAGGCCUUUUUGAAGUCUGUAAAUAUCACAUCUACUUGAGAGCCGAUUUCAAGAUUAUCUAGGAUGUAAGUUAAAAAGACCAAACUGCUUGUAAUGACAAUAUUUGAUUAUUUGAACAUUUUGAAUACUUUUUAAUUUAUUGAUUUUUAAACUCAAUUUGUGAAGAAUUAAAAGGUCAAAAUAAAAAAUUAAUUUAAUAUAUGAGCUUACUGUCAUUAUUACAAUAAGAUUUGUGGAUUUAAUCUUACAAUUUGUAAUGAAAAUAAAUACGGGAGGAAAUAGGUGGAUGCAAUUAAGAAUAAUAUGAUGACAGUGUAUCCAAGGUAAGAGAUCUGGUCAAGUGAAAGGUUAGAAUGAGAGUGACUUAUCCCAAAUAAUUGGGAUGAAGGCAAAGGAAAAAAAGGUGAUUAAGUGAAUAUUCUUGAUUUGCAUAUGGUUUUUUUUUUAUAACCUUCCAACUGGACAAACAAGACAAAAUUUAGUACUAAAAAUCACUCAUGAUGAUAAUAGGAGCGAGUUUUUACAGACAAAAAUAGCUUAUGUUAAAUUAAUACCUACUUCCUCACUUCCCUAAACUCUAAUAUAUUAAAAUUUAUUUACUGAAAUUCUGUAAUUACAAAAAUUAUAUUAAAUUUAUGUUAAAAUAAAAUAUUAUUUAAUGUUUUAGAGUGGUGUUGAUACAUUUGUUUAUCGACGCCAAAGAACCAUUAAUGAAUUUAAUAGUCCUGACCGUGUAACAGUUAUAAAUGGCCAUAGUCACAGAUCAACUCAACCAAUAUCAACAAUAAUAGGUUCUAAAAGUGUUAAUCUAGAAAAUAGAAAGUAAGAAAAAUAUUUUAAAACAAUUUAAUUAUUUCUUUAUUAUUAAAUAUUUAUAUAAAAUAGAAUUAAUGAUAUAAUAAAUAUAAAAAUAUAAAAUGAUAUAUAAAGCAUUAGCUUUUAAAAUCAUGGCAUUAUUAUAAUUUGCAUGUUCGUUUAUAAUGUACAUGUACUUUGAAAAAAUAAAAAUAAUUCAUAUUACAUGGAAUUUAAACACCAACUUUUAUUUUGCAUAUUUGGAGGAUUAUUACCAUUAUUGUAUAUUUUUAUAAAUACAUUUAACAUGUUAUUAAUAAAUUAACAAAUUUAAUUAGAAGAUAAAACAUUUUCAUAUUGUUCCCUAGAGAAAUUUUUUUAUAAUAUUAAUAGUGGAUUUAAUUUUUAAUUUUGUUAAGUUUUCUAAAAGUUUUUGACAUUAUUUUUAAAAUAUAAAUACAAGUUAUUAAUAUAUAUUAAUAGUGAAGAUAAUUGAAUAUUGCAGUUUUUGAAGUUAUUUUAUUUAUUUGAUUAUUUAUUAAUCAAUAUUUUUUAUAUUAAUUUACAUUUUCAAUAGACUCUUCUAAAGUCAGCAACACAAAAACUGGCCGGUGGCCAGUGCGACUCUAGCGACUAUUUCCAGUAGUUAUCAUAAACGUAAAACUAAUUUUAGCAUGUAAACAUUGCGGCAGCGCAGUGCAUUUUGAGUGCCCAUAGCUAAUGGUCAGACUAUGUUGGUUGGGUUAAGGGCGUUACUGGCCAGUUUUCGUGUCUCAAACUAUUUUUUGUUCAGUGCUGAUGUAAUUGCAAUUUUGUUUUUUUUUCAUAAUCGUAUCUUAUUUGACACUUUUUUAUGCAUGCAUUGCGGAGUUAAGUAUAUUAUAUUGUACAACCUUUCUUAUAACUGUUUCAAAAAUUGCAUUCCUUUGAACUAUAGUUUAACUUCUUUUUUUUAUUCUCCAGUAGAGAAAUGCUUUUACUUUUUACUUUAUUUGUGGUAUACACACUACUUUAAUGUACUUGAAUAAUAAAAUACUUUACUUGUUUAUUAGAACUAAAAGACAUGGAGAUUUCGGAAUAACCACGUGUCAUUUACAGAAGAAACCAAGAACUAGAAAUAAUGAAAUAUUGAGCUCUUAUAGUUCAAGCAAGUUUUUAAAAACUGGUCAAAAAAGACCUCAUCCUAUUGGUAAUUACAAAUAUUUUUAUUUACUAUUUAUAAUUAAACAAAUUUUGUUUUACUAAUACUAUCAUAGGUAAAUCUCCAUUAGACAGGUAUGUUAUGAAUAAUUUAAUAUUAUUAAAAUACACAAAUACAAUAUUAUUGGAAAAAAUAAAAAUUAUAUUUGCAUGUAGAGUAGGGUUUGAACCCUUUUGGACUUUUUGCAUUACAUUAUCACACAUUAUUUUUCUUUAUCAUGGUAAUAAAAUCAUGGACAUUAGUAUUUGAUUUUUUUAUUUUUAUAUUCCAUAUUCCAAUUAUUAUUUUUUGAUUCCAUUGCUUUUAGAACACUGAAAUUUUUGAUUUUCAACAAAAACAAAUUUGUUAAAAAAGUUUUCUGUAAUGAAGAAUAUAAUACAUGUAUUAUUUUAAUUUAAAAUUACUAAAAAUAUUGUUUUUUUAAUGUUUUAAAUACAAAUCUUCCUUUAGAAAUUCAAUUUAUGGAAUUUGAGGAAAUAUCAAAUUCACUUGAGGUUUAACGUUUAAUGUUGAAAAUUUAAGGAUAAUAUGUACUGUAUUUUAUUCAAUUGAAGGAAGCUUCCCCUUAAACUUACUUGAGUUAGAUAAAUGGAAUGUUGGCCAAUGGGCUAAAUAUUGAUAGUUGAUUAAAGAAGAAGAAAUAUCUGUCAGGGAUUUGUUUUACAUAUUUCAUUCUUUGGGGAUUUUUAUUCUGAAUAGCAAAUUAAGUAAUCGUUAAUAUUAAGUACUUCUUAAUUUAAAAAAAAAAAAAAACUUAUUAUUUUUUAAAAAUAUUUAUUUAUUUUUGGUUUUACAUAAAAUAAUUGUUAAUGAAUUUAUUUUUUUUUUUUUUGAAUGACUUAAUCAAAUGUAUUUAGAGUACCUCAUAAUUAGGGUUUGGGACUUCUGGCAUUUGCAUGUUCUUUUUAACUAAAAUUAUCGGGUAAAUCGUAUUUAGUUAACAUUCAAAAAUAUUUCUUUUAAUAAAUUACUUUGUGUAAGUAGGUUGUAGGUGCGUGUCUCUUUAUCUAUAUUGAUUAAUUAUCAACCUUGUUAUCGACAAUUUUUACUAUGUAUAUAUCUUUGAGAUUUUCAUUUCUAUAAUUAUUAUAAUAUGUUAAAUGCACCAAAAAUAAAGUAAAAUAUUACAUACAAUUUAAGCAUAUUUUGACUGCAUAUUCCGAUCAUUUUUAGUGCAACAAGUUCCGAACCCUACUCAUAAUCUUUCUAUUCGUAUAAUAAUAUCACAGUUUAGUUUAAUAUUGUAGAAAAAAAAUGAUUAAUUAUGUUCUCAAAAAAACCCUUAAAAAUGAAAUUAAUAAAUCUGUUAAAUAAAUUAUGAAACAAAUUUAAAAUAACCAUUUAGUUUAAAAAUUAUGUUUUAGAUCAUGAAGGUGACUCGCCUAAUCGUAAGCAUUGUAAAAGCUGUACAUGUUGUGGUUCUACUAUGAUACUUGAAGAUCAGAAUUAUCAGAAUAAUUCUAAUAAAAAUGAUAAAACAACUGAAACAGAUCUGUCUGAAGAUUUAGUAACAUUUGCUGCUAGUCGAAUUUUCAAUCGAAGUGGUAAAACACAAAGAGUUAAAAAAAUUUGUAUGAAAACUAUACUUGAUGAUGUCUUUGAAGACGAAGAUCCUAUACCAUUUACUAGCAUUGAUAAGGUUGCAGAAAAAAAGAAAAAAGCUGAAGAGAAUGGUAAUUCAAUAUUAUUAAACAUGAAAUAUACAUUUUUAGAUGUUAUGUAAUAAGUUUAAAAAUUCAUUAAAACAUUAAGGAUCCAAUAUUCUUGAUAAGAUAAAAAGAUCGAAUACAACUUAAAUUUGAGUAGUGCAACAUUAGGUUUAGGGAGGCCCUAGGCAAAAUAUUCCAGAGGGCCCUUAAAUGACUUUACAAAUCAAUAGUGAAAACCGAUAUAUUUUACUUUUCCCUAUAAUUGGGCAUCAGUGGAUUAAGGGAGUUAUUCUAAAAAUUUUAAAAGUCCUCAAAAUUUAACAAAGAUUCCGAAAUUAAAAUGAUCUUUGUUGUAAAUGAUGACCUUUUGUUUAUUUUUGAUCGUCACUAUAAUAAUAUAACUCUGUCCCCUAUUCAUCAAUCAAAUGUCCAUCUAUGUUCACCCCUUCUCUUAGUAUUGAAUUUUAUUUUAUUUUUUUUUAAUAAUACAAUAACUUUAUUAAAACAAAUUAUUUACAAUCUGUACUAGGUGCACAAUAAGUAAAAUUGUUAAAUACAAUAAGAAAAGGCGGUGAGUGACUUGUAGUUUAGGCGUUUCACAUUAGAGACACCUGAGUAUUAAGUGUUAUUGGGAUGUAAGUUUCAAUAAUUGAGAAGGUCUAGACCAUUUGUGUUUGAAGCGUCUUGCUGGGUUCCCUGGUAACUAAUUUGUAUGUAGUUGAGCGAUGAAUGUUAUUUUUGAAAUAUUUCUGUAAAUAUUAUAUAUUAAUAAAUACUUUUAGUACGUUAAAAUAAAAAGAAUGAGUGAUUUAAAUAAAUUUAAAUAAUAAUUACUAAAUGGGUUAUUUAUGACCCUUUUGAUUAUUAUAUAUUUGUUACUGGAAUAUUUGUUAGUAAGUAAAAACCGUAGAGAAAAAAUUUGAUAGUUCCAUCAAGAUUUUUAAGAUUUUCAUCAAAAUUUGAACUUGUAAUCAAUAAUCAAUUUAUUUUUAAACACUCUCAUAAUUGGAAUUUUUGUUAACACAUGUGUCAUAGCAUUAAUAUGGGCAUUACUAUGAACACUAUCCUAUUAAGAAAUAAAGUUAUAAUUAAAAAAAAAAAUUAAGAUAAUAUCUUUUUACAUGUAAUACAAGGUGAACUAUAAAAUCGUCACACUAUGCUGCUACACAAAUGAUACUCCACUACUCUCCUAUCCAAACUUAAUUAUUGAUAUUUUUAUAUUAAAUUGUUUUUCAUUUUUUUUUUUUACAAAUCUAUAUUGAAGCAUUCAAUAAAAUAUCAAUAACGUAUAUUAUUGAUUUAUGAAAAAAAAAAAAUGACCUAAUAAUAAUCCAGUUUUUUUUCUUAAUUUUAGUUUUGUUAUUGAAUCAGCAUACUGAUAAAUCAAAUUUAAAAAACACUAACCAGGUUUUUGGUGCUGUUUCAUCGACUAUAGCAACUACAGUUAUUAAUGAAAUACAGCCAUCAGUAACUAGUAUUUUAUCAACUGCAUCUACAUUGUCUGUUUCAAGUACUACAUUAACAACACCACUGCCAGUACAAUCUACAAUAACAAAAACAAAUGAAAUUAAUACAAAUUUUCAAGUAAAUGUUAAUAGUUCAAUAACUUCUAGUGAAGUAAAUGGAAAAACAACUGACAGCCAAGCACCCGAUUCUACUAAAAAUGUAUUUUUAGUACCAAAAAAUACUGAAAAAAGUCCUAAUAAACAAAAAUUACUGUUUCAGUCUUUAGAAAAAAAUAAAAAUAUCAUAAAUGAUAAGUCUUUGACAUCAGGAGAAAAUGAUUUAAAUAGUGAUAAACAAUCAUUUCAAUGUACUAAACCAAAUAAGCAUACUAAUAAUUUGUCUGUUGUACAGUCUGAUGGUCAAAAUGUAACAAAUAGAUCUAAAAAGGAAUUGGCACCAUCAUUAGUAUUUGGUAAUCAAGUUGAAAAUACUCAAAAACAAUCAACAGUUACAAUUGAAGUGCCCAAAGCAAAUGAAAAACAAGUAACACCUAGAAUGCAAUUUGGUGCAUCCAAAACAGAUGAAAAACAAUCAACACCACCAGUAAUGCAAUUUGGUGCAUCCAAAACAGAUGAAAAACAAUCAACACCACCAGUAUUGCAAUUUGGUUCACCUAAAACUGAUGAAAAAAAAUCAACACCACCAGUAAUGCAAUUUGGUGCAUCCAAAACAGAUGAAAAACAAUCAACACCACCAGUAAUGCAAUUUGGUUCACCUAAAACUGUUGAAAAACAAUCAAUACCACCAGUAUUGCAAUUUGGUUCACCUAAAACUGAUGAAAAAAAAUCAACACCACCAGUAAUGCAAUUUGGUGCAUCCAAAACAGAUGAAAAAAAAUCAAUACCACCAGUAGUACAAUUUGGGAUAGCUAAAGAAUCUGAAAAUUCAAUUUCUACUUCAUCAUUAUUUUCAUUUGGUGAUAACCAAAUCUCAAGUGGAAUAUCUAAACCAAUUGAACCAGUAAAAUUUAAUUUUGGUUCAUUGAAACCGCUUGAUUCAACUGCAUCAUCAAUAGAACCUAAAAACGUAUUUGGAACAAGUAACUUACAGAAUCAAAGUCUUUUUAAAUUUGGAAAAACAGAUGAUACACCUGAUAAUCCUCCUAAAUAUGAUGCUAACGCUGAGAAGCCAACUUCAAAAUUACAAUUUAGUACAUUAUCUACAUCAGUAUUUGGUACAUCAAAUACAAAUCAGCCAAAACCUCAAUUUAGUACUUCUGUUAGUCAAUCUAUUGACAAUCAAGGACCUAAAAUAGUUUUUGGAAACCUAAUUACUGAAAACAAACCUACAACAUCAGCUUCCGGCAUGAUUUUUGGUAAUAGCACAAAUCCUGUUUUUCAAUUUAAUAAUUCUAGUUCAAAACCUAAUGAAAAGCCUUCUGAAGUGUCAAACAAUGCAUUUUCAUUUUCUUCAAAUAAAACAGUACCUAAUUUUGGAGGUUCAGCUCCACAAGGUUUUGGAGAAAAACAAUCAUUUCAAUUUAAUGGUGAAAAAAAAGAAGAAUCAAAAAAUCAGUUUUCAACUUCUGUAUUUGGAUCCUCGAAUACUGUUACUCCUUUUAAAUUUGGAGAUAAUAAUAAACCUACAUCUUUUGGAACCACUUUUAAUUCAAAUCAACCAUUACAGUUUACAAAUAAUACUGAAAAAACUAAAGAACCAUUCAAAUUUGGGGCUGUUAUUCCAACUAGUAAUGCAUUUCAAUUCAGUGCUAAUAAAACAGAUAAUGGCCCAGUAAAAUUUGGCCAAGCUUCAAGUACUUUCCCUGCAUCAGGAUUUAGUGGUUUUGGUAAUCCAGCACCUCAACAAACCACUGCAUUUGGUAGUGUGCCGUCAUCACAGCCCUCAUUGUUUGUUAACACCAAUACUCCUACUGUAGCACCUACAUUUGGUAGUGUAGCAUCAUCUACAAAUACAUUUGCACCAAAUCAAGGUUUUCAAUUUACAAACAAUGCUACAAAUAGUUCAUCAACAUUUGCUUUUAGUGGCAAUACCCAACCUACCAAACCAGAUGGAGGUUUUAGUUUCAAUGCUGCCUCUACAACUCCCUCUCAACCUUUCCAGUUUGGUUCAGCACCGUUACCAUUAUCAACAUCGCAGUUUGGAGGAAAUCCGCCUCAAGGUAUAUUAAGUUGAUUUAACAAAUCAAAUUAUUGAAAUAUCAUAUUGUUUAGUAUUAUUUUAAAACUUAAUUUUCAUUUUAGGGUCAUUUAAUUUUGGAUCAAAUCCAAUGUCUGGAACAGGUAAAUUUGAAGGAUAAAAAUUGAUGGUCAUUUUAAUGUUAUUUUUAACUUAUGUUUUGUUUAUUUUUUUUUUAACUUUGGUAUGCUAGGUUCAAGUCAACCAUUAUUCUCCAUGGGAACAGCUCCUGCUGGAGAAAGAAAAAAAGCUAAAGCAGUUAGGAGACGGCAGUAAUUGAUAUUAAAUGGCCAACCAAUGAAGUAUUAAUAUUUUAUUAAUACUAAUACCGAAUUUAUAUUUGAGUUUUAUUAUUUUUUUAAACCAAUUUAACUAAUUAAUUGUGCUAAGGUUUAAAAAGUGUAAUAUAUAUAUAAAUUUAAUAAUUGUUCAAACUUCAAUUAUUUGUCAGAUAUAAUAUUAUUGUUCAUAUAUUCAAUUUAAUUUGAAUAUUCAUAUUUGCAUUGUGUUUAUUCCAAAUAUUUUUGAACAAUUAUUUUUGACUAGUGAAAAAAAGUUAUUUAUCAUUUUCAAAAUUAUAAUAUUCAUAUUUUACUAUUAAUUUUAAAUAAUUUUGACAGACAAUUAAAAUUAUUUCGAUCAAAAUAUUUUUGAAUUGUAUUUUUAAUAUUUAAAUUAUAGUUUAUAUUUGAUAUCUGAUUUGAUUUAUUAUUUAAUAGUUAUUGUAUAUAUAUUACAUUUACGUGUUUGAGUCUUAAAUUAAUAUAAAAUUGUUGUUAUUAUUACUUAUUAUUAUAAUCUCUUAAAGUUUUAAGAAAUGAUAUCUUCCCAGUUACGAUAGCAUUAUUAUAUUUAGUUAAAUACUUGUACAUAUCUAAUUUAAAUAGUUAAAAAUGCAUUAUUGUCCUUUUAUGUUACACAAAUAAAACAAAAAUAAUUAAUUUAAAUAGUAUCACUGUAAUUUGAUGUAAUUUAGAUAAUUAUUGGCUGGAAUAUUUAUACUUCAUAUUUAUUUUACUAUUAACACUUAUCAACCUAAUGUGGAUGUUUAUUUUUGUAGAUAUGGCAUCGGUAUGAUUUUAAAUUAACAAAUAAUAUACCAAAAAUGUAUGUAUAAAAAAACAUUUAAAGUAGAAAUGUGCAUAAAACAAAAAAUUAAGAAGCAUGAAGAGUUUGAAAAAAUAC